UCGCCAUCGUGUGUCAUCGUCGUCGGGUUCGGAUUGUUUAAUGAGGUUGUUUUUUUUGUUUGUUUGUUUGGAAUAUUACAAACAGGCGUUUUAUAACGGUGAAAAAAUGAUUUGAAAGAAAAGAAUGAUAAAAAUCAAUUAGUACAUCUCCGGCGAGCUUUCGAUGGCUAGCGCUUUUCUAUGGUGGUUCUGGGGGGAUCUGUCCUGACCGAGCAGUAUUUUUUUUCCGGGGAGAACUUGAUUGAAAGUGAACUGUUGUUGUAGAGGGGGACUGUUGUUGAAUGUAUGACGGGCGGUUAGAAGAGCCUAGCAAGAAACUUGUUUGCAAUGGGCGGGGGUUUGAUGUUUUUUUUUGGGGAGUUUGAAAAUGGGUUCGUUGGGAGAAUCCUUUGGAAAGCAAAACUUCGUACGGCAACAGCCGGGAAGAGAUUAAUUCCACAGGGUACACGUGCCAAAUUUUCUUGCGGUUUCGAGUGAAAAAACGAAAAUGAGCGGGCACAGAGACACAUGUAGCGAGACAUGGAACGCAGAGUAUUUAAAGAAAGGUGUUAUUGGAUAUACGAUUCUCGUUCCAGAUGUUCCCGAUUCUGGAGCAACGAAAUUAGUUCGAAGAACAAUUCGCAGAGCACUUGUCGUCUACCUGAAGGAUCUCCUAGCAUACAUAGAGACGAUUGUAGUGAUGAUAUGAACACAGUCGAUUUGGUAAACUAGUUGCGCGUUUAAGAUUCCCGGAUCGUUCUAAAGCUCUACCACGUCCACUGAGUUCAUAUCUCAAUGAACUCAUGAUCCCUAGCUAAGACGCGUGACCUAAGAGACAGAAAAACUGAGCUAGCCCUGUACUUAUCUUACUGGUAAUAAUAAAUGUAGUUGGUUUGGCCGGCGCACUAUUGUAUCUUUCGAUUAUGAUGGUAGUAAUUGCUAGCGGUAGUUAUAUAAUAGUGAUAUGGUAGUAGAACACACUUUUAUAUAGUAUUUAAGUAAUUGUAUACAUUACUUGCUGAGCUUUGAACUGAGGGGUUAACACUAUGUGGAUAAUUAGAAACUGGCUAAUUUAGCAGAAGUUAGAUAUUGUUUUUUGUUGGUUAAUACAUUUUAAACUAUUCAUUAGCUAUGACACCUAAACCGUCUGGACCGUAACAAAACUUCAAACUGCCUACCACUAUUCUUCGGCACUAUUUUAUAUACACACAGUUUAAAGAGAACACUCUAGAAUCUAUCUAAACUCCCUUAAACGCAAUACGUAGGUCAUUUUUGAUAUUUAGAUUUAUACACAAAAACUAGACUAGCCAGAGUAACAAACUCCGAUCGGAAUAAUAACCCGUUCUACCUAAACUACGAUGGAUUUUUUUUUGUUUAAAUUCAAAAGGGUAAUAUCUUAGAACACAACAUAUACAAACUUUUCUAUACACUACAGGCUGAUUUGGGCGCAUAAAUAUCUCCGGGACAUUCUGAUUCUUUUAUUCUACGAACGACAAAUGUUACUCAAUCAUAUCGCUUGGAGUAGACCUUUCCAUCAUAUUCACAGGACUAAGUAGUACACAAGUGGGUUAGUAAAUUGAUGCAAAGGAUUAGUACUGGCAUCGAUUUGUACAGCGUACGAUCUGUGACUUUCCACGGCACGGACAAGUCAACGAUCGCGCGGAGUUAGAUUGGAUUGGUGUUGUGUACGAGCUUGCUUCGUGAUAGACGCGUUUCGGAACUGGGUGGGUAUGCUUUACAUAUUUACAAAGUUAUUGGCGUCGGCGUAGGGAACAGUAGUAGUGGGAGAGAGGGGAGUUUUCGCCCUGACGAAUGGUACUUUAGACGGGGGACGACAAGUGUAGAAACGAUGCUUUAGGUAGAAAAAAAUAUCAUGAUAGAUUCCUUGCGGUUUCAGUUAGCUGUAAUAUUCAUUUGGAAUUUUCUAUGUCCCAUGUCUUCAGGGACAUCCAAACUUAUUUGUGUCAAAUAAAUCAGUAGGGAAGUGUAUAAUUUAUGAUAAUAUUCAAAUGUCUUCAGUAUAUUUUGUGGGUGUUUUGAUGAGUUUAUCUAUUUGUAAAAAACAGAAUCUUACAUGUCGCACAUAAUUUAGCCAUUCCUAGUACCGUAAACCGGGGUCAAAUUGAUCAGCGGAGUGAAAUUGAUCAUUUGCGGACCGAAUUGUAAAUCCAUAUUAGCAACUUCCACACGUCAUUAUGAUCAAAAAAUUCUUACCUCAUCUUGUUCAUAGAUUUCUAGAGAUGAAUAUGGCCUUUUCAUUGUAUAGAAAAAGUUAGGCUUGUAUUACUUUUUGAGGGACUUUAUAUGUGUAUCGUACAUGGUAGUAAACAAUCGGUUGUCACCAGGGCUAUCUGCAAAACUUUUCAUGUUCACAUUUUUGUGGAACCUUGGCUGUGAUGUAAUGUACAUAGCUGUUUUAGAAAUAAAUUAUUUCCAAAAGUUUCAGUUUUUGCUGAAAAAGCGAUUUGAUGUGGUUGAACUCGUUUGAUUCAAUAUAAUAUGCCUUCAGGCGCUUAAUGAUCAAUUUGAAAAUUUAAAUUUGUCAUUUAACAGCCAAAUUUCAUUAGUUGUUAGAGUUUUGGCACGUUAUUUGUGUUCAGUAGAUCAACAUUUAGUGGAGAAGGCAAUUUUCUAUUUUUACCUUUUUUUAGUUGUUGCUGAUCAAUUUCGCCCCCAAGUGGCAUUUUAUUUUUUUUAAAUUUUUGUAGUUAAAAUUAAACUAAGUUUAAAUUAAUUAAGUUUAAAUUUUUAGACCUAAAUUUUGUCACUCAAUUUCAUGGAGAUCCGCCAGGUACUGGUUUUGCAGAUUUUAUUUGCCAAUAUUUGAAAUGCUACAAAAGUGUCUCUGCAAAAGUUGAUUUAAAAUGAUUAAUUUGAUCACAGAUGGCGAAACAUUUUGUAAGCCAUUUCAGAUUAGCUUUUUUACUCCGGCAAUUUGUUUCAAAAUGUUUCUUAUUUUUAUUAAUAUUUUCAAACAGCUACCACAUUAUUAAUGUCCUUUUCUAGACAUAGGUGGUCAUUACUAAUGUUAAAGCUUUUUCGUCGAUCUAGGACAGGGGUUUCUAGAUCGUGAAACGCGGUUCACUUGGAGCACCACGAAGCCUUUCCAAGUGCACCUUUGCUGUCUCGACUCGAAGGAAAACAAAAAUCUCAGAAAUAUCAGAAAUGCCAAAUAUAAUUUCUCAGAACAUAGUACCUACGGCAUACCCAACACCAAAGUUCGAACAACGAGAUGACAAUGAACUCUUGAAAACUUUGGUAACGGAACGGGACGAAUCUCACAAUAAAUUUACUAGGUUUUAACUCAUUUAUUUCAUUAAAACAAUUCUCAGAUCUAGUAAAGAUGUGUAUGAAUUUCACCCAAGAUAUAUCUAGAAAAUUACCUGAACCUGAAGUUUCACCGAACAUCUGUUUAGAAUCAGUGUAGGGUUUGCCUUUGUUUAUUUAGUAGUUUCCCAACAAAUUGUCAUUAAUUUGACAAAAAUUAAUCUGACAGAACAGCAAGUUCGAAAAUUUAGAUAACUAGGUAUAAUUAUCAUGAGAAAUUAAAUGAAAAUAAUAAAAUCUUGAUAAUGUCAAAAUCGGUAUAUGGUUAUUAGCCUCUGCAUGCGGUGAGAUUUUGAAUUUUACUGCGAGCAUUGUGUUCAAAAUUCCUGUGAGAAUGAGCAAGGCAAUACCAAAACAGAGCUCGCAGUAAAAAUCAAAGAACAAAAAAAUUUUGCCAGCAUAUACACUACACAGGCUAAUAUGGCUAUUAGCUAUUACAGUUAAAACAAAUCAAUGACAAGUACACGUAUUUAUCUGGAAUAGCAAAUUCAACGUUUUUGAUAAACUUCAAAUUCAAUCUUCAAUACCCAACUAACAUUUUCAGCGCUAUAAGCUUCAGUCAUUUGCUUUCUGCUGUGUAACCAUCGAGUAAAAGCAGUCAACGCUGAAUAAAAGGAAAGCUAGUCAAAUAUAAAUCGUAAGCUAAUACACGACUGCAAAACAAGCAUCAUACAGCUACCAAACUCGGUUUUCAGAAAUUCAUUGCUUGUCACUGGGGCUGCCUUUACUCCACCGUAUUCCAACUCCGGGAGAUUUCCCGGAAGAUGUGAAAACUUGAACACAUCGAAUAGGACUCCCCACUAACAAAACAGCUGCUACUAUACAGUACAAUUCGUUAUACCGACAAAUUCCCAAACCAGCAGCGCUUUAAAGGCCGUUAUGCGAUUUCAAAACGGCUAGAAGCUGUAAUAAAGAAACUGUUGAUUUACCAACACGGCUUGUCGGAUAUAAACAUUAUUGUCAAAACAAACUUUAAGCGGGAUAUAUAGCUACUACACAAGUUCUUUACAGCUAUCCAUGUAUGUGCUGUGAAAUUAUUUGGGUUGCUUUUAUUGCACUUUAAUUCAAUGCCGGAAGAUUUGCCGGAAAAAUGUGCAAAUCGAGUAAGAGUCCCAGCCACUACAACAGCUGCUUUUAUACAGUACGUUUUGUAAUGUUGCCAAAACACAAAACAGCAGCGCUUCGUAGCCGUUUAAAGAACACUCUUUCAGCUAGAAGCUGUGAAGAAGAAUCUGUUGGCACAACCACACAGCUUGUUCAAUGUAAACAUUAUUGCGUUUGACGUUUCACAAGCUUUUACAGCAAGAUGAAGCUGGGUAAGGUUUCUUGUGGCACAAUUAUGAAGCCUUGUCUGGAGUAAAACAAAACGGGCUAUUUUCUAUGUUAUUUAUAUAUAGCAGUGUGGCAGCGAGGACAUCAUCGGGACCAGUGGAUACGGAGAUAGGGAGUUCGAUUCCAAGUAGCGGCAAGUACUUUAAUUAUUCAAUUUUCAAUCACGGUAUCCAUAACCUAAUUAUAUUUAAUCGUUUAAUUUGGGGAUGCCGUCAAACUAUUAUUUAACAAUUGCGAAAAGGCUGAAAAAGCGCCUUCUCAAGAUGUUAUUCAGUUAGUGGUUACAUAGGAGCCGAGAAAAAAGCUAUGACUAGGUGGCAUAGAAGCUGAUCGCACAGCAUGUACAAGCUGAUUAAGUUCGCCAGAUUCAUUGGUAUAGGGCUUGCAUAGAAGCUUCCGUCCAUAUGUACAACACAGUAACUCAGCAUCAAGCCGUAUUGAGGACGCUUUGUUGACGUUUACAUUCACAAUAAAUGUUAGUUGGGUAACUAACGAUGGGGUGCAUCGUGUAGUAAUUUAUUUCCUAAAAGUGCUGUGCGCGUUGAAAGAUUAAAAAAAUCCUCAUAAUUUCUCAACAUGACUAGAACAAAUCAGAAUUUUGCUUUUACUUCUAUUCCUAUUUGUCCUUUUAUUACCAAAAUAAUUCUUUUGACUUAGCAAGCAAAUGCUGAUAGAAUUUCUAAAUUAGUAUUGUCUUGAUCCUGAAGAAGCUCGUGAACAAUUCCUGUAACACUUUUUACAGGAUAUUAAUGCGAUAUCCUCGGGAAAGUUUUUUCAGAUGAAAUUUAUAAAAGAACCUGUUUGACAUAAAUUCAAAUUUUACAAAAUUUAGAGCCCGAAAGUAACAGGCAAAAAUGUUGGAUGAAUUUGAUUUAAAAUAAACCUAACCAACAUUCUGCAAAGUGUUCCGUUUAAGACUGCAGAUUUUUUUGUCGAACUUAAAGCAAAUUUCAAUAGAAACCAGAAAGUUUUUUUUUUGCAUGAAUGCAUUAUUAACUUUUGUGAAGGAAUUCUAAAUGCAUCUGUACAGAAAUUUGUGCAUAUCAACUUCUGGCGGCGAAUCAGACAAAUUCCGAAAGCGCUCAAGGAAAGUUCGAUUGUUACGAUUUACAGAGCUAAUAACUUUCGACAUUAUAGAGACAAACCAGCCAAUAAAGACAAAUCAAUCAAUCAACUUUCGACAUCACAAUCUUGGGGAUCUAAAACCGUAAUUUUGCGAUUUCUUUCAACGUUUCGACUCCGAUUUGAAUUUUCCUGAUAAGGGGUAGUUCUAGAUAGCGAGAAAUAGAUCUAUAUAAGUUAUCGCAUCAGUUUGCCCCAACUCCGAAGAAGCCAUACUUAGCCAACUAGGAGACAUCCAACAACAACAACAACAACAGUUAGCAACAUCGUUAGCAACUUUGAACGAGGCACACAACGGACGAUAAGCAAGAUCAGCAGUUUCCACGGAAUCCACACCUGUCUUCAACCUUACUGAAACCAGCAUGUCAGCAUCGCGCCACCGGACGACGCGAUCCAAUUACACAUAUGGUAAAUUAGCCAGGGAACCAUUCCUCUUCCUAGGCCUCUGUAAGCUUAAAAUAAUAAAGGACAGUUAGUCUUUAUCCAUUAAUCGACGAGUUCAGUUCUGUUUUGUUUUUUAAAAAAACCCGAUCCUAAAGCCGAACUCAAAGCUGGCGCAGUCUCGACUUGGGGGAUAGCCACCCGUUGUGUUUCAUAGUGAAAUCGUAGUGUGAAAGCAGAUAGGAAACAUUGUGUUCAUCUAGAAGCUGCAACAAGCGAUCAUCACCGGCAGAACCAACGUAGGAAGAGCGCCCCAAGGAACCAGAACGCUCGGUAGGCCCGACCAAAUCAUCUUACCCGCUCUUUGCGUCGCUGGCUGCAUACCAGUCGACUCGAGGACGUCACCAUAGAAGAAGAACAAAAUGACAUCAUUGAGGACACACACCAGCGUGCCCAUAUAGGAGCAGUGGAGAACUACGAAGUCAUUAAGAAAAAGUUUUACUUCCCUAAAAUCAAGGACAAGGUACAACGCUUUAUCAACCUCUGUGAGACGUGCCUUGAGAGUAAGUACGAAAGAAAACCUUACAAACUCAAAUUUGCCGAAACCCCUUUACCAAGAAAACCUCUCGAUAUAAUCCAUAUUGAUAUCUUUAUAUCAAGCCCUAACAUAUUCCUUUCGGCCGUAGAUAAACUUUCAAAAUUUGCAAUGUUAAUACCCAUAAAAUCCAGGUCUAUACCAGACGUGAAACGCGGCCUCGUUAAAUUAAUUUCAACGUAUGGAACUCCUUCUAUGAUAGUAUGGGACAACGAAGCUGCGUUCAAGUCAAUUGAAGUCCGAGGACUUCUCCAAAGGUUAAGAGUGCAGUUGUACUACACCCCAUCGAACCACAGUGAGGUCAAUGGAACGGUAGAACGAUUCCACUCUACCCUUAACGAAAUAUUCAUUUGCAUUAAAAAUAAAUAUGACGAUCUCUCUAAUAAAGAAAUAUAUCGCAUCGCGACUACUUUGUACAACUCUACGAUUCAUAGCGUUACUAAAUUAAAACCAAUUGAAAUUUUCUAUGGCAUAAAAGAAGGAGAAGAGAGACCCUUAAACUUGGAAACCAUACUAGAAAACCGCAAUAGAAUCUUCGACGAAAUUAUAGAAAAACUACAAAAAAACCAACAACAAACAUUAGAAAACAGAAACAAACACAGAGAAGAUGAUCCAAAUUUCAUUAGAAACGAACGAGUCUACAAUAAAAUUCAAGGUAUCAAAAAUAAAAGAAAAGCCAGGUAUAAAAAAGUUGUAAUUAAACAUAAUAGAAGGAAAACUUACGUGGAUCACAGAGAUAUUAAACUGCAUAAAACCAAAUUGAAACGGAAGAGGAAUCCCUUACAUAAUUAAUCAUAUAGUCUCAAACCUCUAUCUAACCUACUAACACCCUGCUAUAUUUGUUAAUUUACAGACCGGAAUAAUCCCCUUACUGAUAUUGACGAUCACCCUUACUCAAGCACAAAAACUAACCAUUAGAAACCUGCACGACGAACCUUUAUUGCUUGUAAAGGAAAGACAUUGUAAAAUUCAAACUGGAACAAUUAAAAUAAUCCACCCGAUAAACCUGUCUUCUAUAGAAGAAACAGCGGAGAUCCUGAUUAAAUCAUCUUACCAUAAUAAUGCCCAAACUACUAAUCCACUAACAAAUAUUUUAAAGUAUAAAGCGAAGAAAUUAUACAGCAACAUAUAUCAACUGAAACCUCAACCACACCACCGAUCAAGGAGGUGGAACACCGUUGGAACUGUGUGGAAAUGGAUCGCGGGAACCCCCGACGCAUCUGAUCUCCAAGCCAUCAAUACUACGAUGAACGACUUGAUUGACCAAAACAACCAACAGAUCAUAGUUAAUCAAAAUCUCAACACUCGGAUUCAGCAACUUACUCACGCUAUACAGGAAGUAACCAAUCAGGCCAACCUAAACGACUUGCUAAUGGACGACAUCGAAACAAUUACAUCCAUCGUAAACGUAGAUAUUCUCAAUCAGCUGCUCGAGGACAUUCAAGACGCAAUUCUGCUCUCAAAAAUGUCUAUUACUUCAAACAAAAUCCUACCUAUUCGAGAAAUUACAACGAUAAGAGAACUUCUUCAAGACCAAGGAAUUAACAUUCACUUACCGGAUGAAGCACUACAAUACGUUACGCCAAAAUUCGCAACGAGUCAUGGAACAUUAUUAUAUUUUAUGCAUGUACCACUGUUAGAGGAGAACACCGCGGAAAUCAUCAGAAUAUACCCAAUCAUCAAUAGUAAUCAAUCAAUCAUCCAAUUCCCAGAAUUCAUAGUCAAAAGUGGUAACCGUAUUUUUGUCACACAAAAUCCGGAAGACUUCGUUCAAAAAUCUUCAUUCUUGACGGAUCUCGGGGACGAAUGUAUCAAACCGUUAAUAACCGGAGUGAAGCCUAAAUGCAACGUUGUAUUCAAUAAUCAAACAAUAAUCAAACUAAUUUCUGACAACACCCUUUUGAUAUCCAAUAUAAGGAAUCAAACAUUAGAAUCAACCUGCGGACCAGAUAAUCGAAGCCUAGAAGGAAAUGUGAUCAUCAAUUUUGAAAACUGCACAAUACAACUCAACAACGACACAUUUAGAAACGAGGAAUAUAUCGGCGAGCCCAAUAUCAUGUAUAACGCAUUCUAUAAUCUCAAACCAAACUGGAAGCUACAGGAAGACAUCGAUUUAGGAAAAAUUCAUCACGACACAAUACAAAACCGACGACACCUCGAACAUGUAUACCUAGAACAAAAUAAUCUCAACUUUAAGUUUUGGAGCCUGUUUGGAGGAUUUUCUUUUACUGGAAUUACAGCAGUGAUUAUCAUCAUGCUAAUCAUAAUCAGAUACGGUGGAAAAGGACCGGGACGUUCCUCACUUAGGGAGGGAGAAGUUAUCGCAUCAGUUUGCCCCAACUCCGAAGAAGCCAUACUUAGCCAACUAGGAGACAUCCAACAACAACAACAACAACAGUUAGCAACAUCGUUAGCAACUUUGAACGAGGCACACAACGGACGAUAAGCAAGAUCAGCAGUUUCCACGGAAUCCACACCUGUCUUCAACCUUACUGAAACCAGCAUGUCAGCAUCGCGCCACCGGACGACGCGAUCCAAUUACACAUAUGGUAAAUUAGCCAGGGAACCAUUCCUCUUCCUAGGCAGGCCUCUGUAAGCUUAAAAUAAUAAAGGACAGUUAGUCUUUAUCCAUUAA